CAUCAUCUCCUGAAGCCUUUUCUUUUCUCAUACCCAAUUGUCAGUGACUCGCCAGAAAUCAGCAACCAAUGGAAUCGGCCGGAGAAAUCUACAGACCUCAGCGUGCCGCCGGUCCGGCCACCGUACUGGCCAUCGGCACUGCAAAUCCAUCCCAUUUCUUGUACCAAACUGAUUUCCCAGACUUCAUCUUCAAGAACACAAACAAGGACCACCUGACUGAGUUGAAGGAGAAGUUCACGCGAAUUUGUGAGAAAUCGACUAUCAUAAAACGCCACAUUCACUUGACUGCAGAAAUGAUAGUGGAAAAUCCAAAACUAUAUGACCCUGAAGCUCCAUCACUGGACACACGCCAGGAUAUUAUGAUAACUGAGGUACCCAAGUUGGCCAUGGAAGCUGCAACCAAAGCAAUCAAAGAAUGGGGCCAACCCAAAUCAAAGAUAACCCACAUUGUAUUCACUACCAUUUCUGGUGUUGAUGCACCUGGUGUUGAUUUUCAGCUUAUCAGACUCCUUGGCCUUUCUCCCACCGUCCGGCGUGUGAUGAUGUAUCAUCUAGGCUGUUAUGGUGGUGGGUCUGUGCUCCGUGUUGCUAAAGACCUUGCUGAGAAUAACAAAGGUGCUCGUGUUCUUGUUGUUUGUUCCGAGUUGAACUCGAUCAGUGGCUUCAAAGGACCCAAUGAUGGUGAUAUGCAUAGUCUACUAGGGCAAGCAAUCUUUGCUGAUGGAGCUGCAGCUGUGAUAGUUGGUGCAGACCCAGACACAUCAAUCGAACGCCCAUUCUUCCAACUCAUCUCAACGGGCACUCGGAUUCUCUCCGACUCACAUGAAAUGGUUGCAGGCCACUUGCGUCAAGCGGGUCUUACGAUCAGCUUAUCAAAGGAUGUGGCCAAAACUAUUGCUGGAAACCUUGGAAAAUGCCUGUCUGAAGCAUUCAACAAGGUUGGUAUUACUGAUUGGAACUCCAUCUUCUGGGUAAGUCACCCUGGUGGGCCAGCAAUUUUGGAUCUAAUUGAAAAGACACUAGGGUUGAAGGAAGAGAAACUGCAACCUUCAAGGAAAGUGUUAAGCGAGUAUGGUAACAUGUCAAGCCCCACGGUGUUGUUCAUUUUAGAUCUGAUGCGUAAGAAGUCCAUGGAAGAGGGGAAGGCUACAACUGGUGAUGGGUUUGAUUGGGGUGUAUUGUUAGGGUUUGGGCCAGGUCUAACCGUAGAGUCGAUUGUGUUGCGUAGCGUUCCUACAAUUUCAGCUCCUUGAGUAAUAUGUGGUGGUGGUUAACCCACAAGAGAGAGAAAGAGUGUGUAAUAUGUGGUGUUUAGAAAAAUGAAGAUUAUCAAACGAAAUCUUCUCUUAGAUGGUGAGAUGAGACUUGAGAGGAGAGAUCAGGUUUUCGUACGAGAACCAUCUUCGUAGGUUGUCUGAUCCACACUUGGAUUCUACUUAAUCUCUCACUUCUUUCAACUAGUUUUCACUUUAAGUGGAAUCCAAAUGUGAAUUAGACACCAUGCAUGGAUGAUUCUUGUAUGAGAACUGAUCCGGAUUUUGAGAGGUGUGCCAACUUUAUGUAGUGGAGAAGUUCACGAUUAUGGAUUACUGUAUUUUUUCAUUACCUAUUAUAAUGGUUUAAUAUUUAUUAUUAUUAUUAUUAUUAUCA